AUGGAGCCCGUAACCGUGGUGCUCUGUGGGUUCAUAUUUGUUGUGUCGAUUGUGUAUUUGUUUGUGCGCAGCAAGCAUAACUACUGGAAGGAUCAAGGCGUUCCGUUUGCUCCGAAUCCACACUUUUUUUACGGACACGUUAAAGGCCAAUCCCAAACUCGCCAUGGUGCUGACAUUAACCAGGAGUUGUACAAGCACUUCAAGCAGCGCGAGUUGCCUUACGGUGGCGUAAGCCUUUUUGUCAUGCCUUCGUUGAUCGUGGUCGAUCCGGAGCUGAUCAAGACGAUCCUGGUGAAGGAUUUCAACGUGUUUCAUGACCGUGGCGUAUUCCACAACCCCAAAGACGACCCGUUCACGGGAAAUUUGUUCGGUUUGGAGGGCAAUCCAUGGCGAGUUCUACGUCAAAAGCUCACACCGACGUUCACGUCCGGUCGAAUGAAGCAAAUGUUUGGCACAAUCUGGGACGUGGCGUUGGAGCUGGAAAAGUUUAUGGAGGAAAACUACAACCAACCAGAGAUUGAAAUGAAGGACGUGCUAGGACGCUUCACAACUGACGUGAUCGGGACGUGUGCAUUCGGAAUCGAGUGUAAUACGCUGAAAACGCCAAACUCGGAGUUCCGCAAGUACGGGAAUAAGGCGUUCGAGCUGGAUCCCGUUACUUUGACGAAGUUUUUCUUCGCUUCGUCGUAUCCACGCCUUGCUCGGAAGCUCGGUGUGAGAACUACCCAACGAGAUGUUGAGGACUUUUUUAUGGGCAUUGUGCGCGAAACUGUUGACUACCGUGAAAUGAACAAUGUGCAACGAAACGAUUUCAUGAACCUGCUGAUACAGAUCAAGAACAACGGCCGUUUGGAGGAUCACGCUGGCAGUGUAGGAAAGGGCGAAGUUGGACUGACGCACAACGAGCUCGCGGCGCAGGUGUUCAUAUUUUUCCUGGCCGGUUUCGAGACAUCCUCGACCACGCUGAGCUUCUGUCUGUACGAGUUAGCAAAGAGCCCGGACAUUCAGGACCGUUUGCGGGACGAGAUCAAUCGGGCGAUCGAUGAAAACGGCGGUGAAGUGACGUACGACGUCGCCAUGAACAUACAGUACUUGGAUAACGUAAUCAAUGAAACACUUCGCAAGUACCCGCCGGUCGAGACGCUAACACGCAAGCCGGAGCAGGAUUACGUUAUCCCUGGCACGAAACACGUCAUACCGGAGGGAACGAUCGUUCAGAUUCCGAUCUACGCCAUCCAGCGCGAUCCCGAUCAUUAUCCCGACCCAGAUCGAUUCGAUCCUGAUCGCUUUAAUCCUGAGGAGGUGAAGAAACGUCAUCCCUACGUGUUUAUGCCCUUCGGCGAGGGUCCUCGAAUUUGCAUCGGUUUGCGAUUCGGAGUGAUGCAGACCAAGGUGGGCUUGAUAAGUCUGCUGCGCAAGUUCCGAUUCUCGCCAUCCGCCCAAACACCCGAGCAGGUAGUGUUUGACCCAAAGAUGUUCACGUUGUCGCCUGUGGGUGGCAAUUACCUGAAGGUAGAGAGGGUCGUCUGA